UUCCUGUUUUUAUCUAGAUAUAGAAAUUUAGGACCAGCCACGCGUUCCAUUAGAUAGUUUGGAAAGAUCUUUUGGAAACAUCAAGUCGUUCAAUGAAAGCUUACUACAAUAGUAAUCACAGUUUUCAGAUUCAAUCAACAACAUCACCACCAACCUUUUCUUUGCCUGAGGAUCCCAAACCAGUCAGUAAACAUGUAUUAAUAUCGAAUUUGAAAAGGGAAACUACGAAAAAGUCAAUUGAAGAAUUAUUCUCAAAAUAUGGUAUCAUACGUCAAGUUACUAUCAAUCAUGAUGCUCAUGGUAUACCAGACACUACUGCUUGGAUAUAUUUCGCCAUUCCUCCUAUGGAUACAACUUUUGGUGGGAACACACUUAUAUUGGAUGGACAACUUUUAACAACACAAUUUAUCUCUUACCAGCAAGCAACAAUCCGUAACAGCCCACAGGAACCGACAUGUUGUAAUGUCCUAUCUAUAUCAUUUGGACGUAUGAUCAAACCUACCAUUUAUUUGAAAAUGUGGAAAGCAGUUUCCUAUGCGCGUUUUAUUAUGGAUACGAACAACCAGUGCUUUGAACUUGGAUUUCAAUACUAUGACGUUUCUUACAAGCUGGACUUCCCUUGGACAAGUCUGUCGAAAGAAAUAACAAUGGAAACCGCAUCGGAUGGUUCAGUUACUCUUCUUAUUUCUCUAUUACAUCCACCACGACUAUGGGAAGAGGUAUUUGAUCGAAAAUUGAAGCACGUUCUUUGGAAUCGGACAACUGCGACUCAUCUUGCCUUACCUCUGAACCUAUCAACUAUGUCAAACAGGUCUCACACCCGUCGUCCACUCACACCUGGUACAUCUGAUGAUAUUGUCGAUUUUGGAUCCUGGACAGAUUACCGGAUUGAGAUUAGUGCAAAACAAGCAGAAACUCCCCAGUUUGAAGCGAUUAUUCGUGAUUCCAUCAACUUUCAAUUCCUACGACAUAUGAGAGUCUAUCAACGAUCUACAGCAAUCACUGUCGUUUCAUCCAAGAACAACAACCAAUCACGCUACUUCACCUAUGAUCAACGUGCCGAACUGCUUGAUUACAAUACUCUUUACAUGUUGGAAUGUGCUAUUACGAACCGAUCCUUGAAUCAAUACACCUUGGAUAGUACUUUUUACGAUCGACUUGUUCAACUGGAUAUUACUCUUGCGUGUCGAAUAUUGUUCAUGAUUGCAUCGAAGAACGUGAUGAAAUACAACGCCCUGGCAGCCUUACAAUCAUCUUGGCAACGUAUAAAAACAACUCUACGGUAUUCUGAAACAACUCUAACUGACGACUGUUGCAUGAUCUCCUCUGCAUAUGUGACUCCUACUACCUUGAUCCUACAACCACCAGCAAUGGAACGAAACAAUCGGAUAUUACGACAGUACCGUGCUCAUACAGAUCGAUUCUUGCGGGUAUCCUUUGUGCAAGAAGAUCUGACCUUACUUUCAACAACCCAACCACACGACUACAGUCAUUCCAUUACGCAUGAUAAUUCGGCUCUUUACGAUCGAGUAUACACCGUCAUGACAUAUGGUAUCCAAAUCGGCGAUCGACAUUAUGAAUUUCUGGCAUAUGAUUCAACACAAUUAAGACAUCAUAGUUGUUGGUUUUUUGCACCUACUGAAAAUUUAUCAACACUAGAUAUUCAAAGGGAUAUGGGUGAUACAACAUCAGUGACAAGUCUUGCUCAGUAUGUCGCAGCUACCGAUAUUUGUUACCAAUCCAAUAUGGCUGUCCCCCUAUUGCAAUCUAUGAACAGCAAUCAAGAUCAUCACGAUACUAAAAAACAACUACAACAGCAACAGCAGCAACGGAAACAACCGAAAAAGAAAAAAGGAAGGGGACAACGACCAACUCAACAAGAACGAAAACAACAACAGCAAGUACAACUAUUAUUAUUGGAAGCACAAGAGGAACAAUCAAAACAAGAGGAUAGAGAUAUUGAAUGGAUCGACGAUUGGGUUUCGUUUGGCAAUGAAAUUCGACAAGUAUGUGGUAAAAUGUCACCUAGUUUUGCUCGUGAUGUGAUCCGCAGUACUUUGCAACUAGAAUCGACUCCAAGUGCAAUUGAGUAUAGUCUUGGCGGUUGUCGUGGUGUACUGGCCUUAUCGAACUAUAUGGUUGGGAAAACAAAAGUGGCAUUACGACCUUGGCAUUAUGUGUUCAACAAGCAACCAUCUGAUUUAGAAAUCAUUCAAACUUCAUCUUAUUCACCGGCAUUUCUGGAUCGUACUUUGGUAGCUUUGCUCUUAUCCCUUGAUGUACCUGGUCAUCUUUUUCUUACCAUGGUCCAACACUCUAUGGCCAUGAUGAACAGCAUGCUCAGCGAUCCAAUCACAGCAAUGGACUAUCUCCAGACAUUUGGCAGCAUGGAUGAUAUAUCAAUACAAUCGAUGAGGAAAAUGAUCGGUGCUGGAUUCCUUACACGGCGUGAUCCCUUUUUACUCAACAAUCUAUGGAUAUUCAGGAUACGACGAAUGAUCGACAUGAAGAAAAAUACAGCAUUACACGUUAGAAAAGGGGCAAAACUCAUGGUGGUGAUGGAUGACACAGGUACUUUGCAAGAAAAUCAGAUAUAUUGUCAGAUCUCUGAUUUACAGUCUGGUUUAAUGUCGAAACGUCAACGAGUCAUUGGUCCAUGCUUUAUUGUCAAGCAACCUACUGUCCAUACAGGCGAUAUUCGUCUCUUUGAAGCAAUCGAUCAUCCUGCUCUUCGUCAUUGGUGUGAUGUUAUUGUAGUAUCUUCCAAGCAAACUGAAAUUGUACCUCGUCAACAUGUAGAUGGAAAAAUGGAUGGACAACGUUUUACUAUUAUUUGGGAUUCUAAUCUAUUACCAAGAAUUAAAUUAGCCAAUCGUUUAAAUAAUAGACCAAUACCCGAACCAUACGACUCGACUGAAAUGACGCCAGAAAAAAUUAUCUCUGCAUUCACCAACUAUCUUCGCAAUGAUCAUCGGAAUACUAUUCUACGACACUUUAUUAUGUCCGAAGAUAAACUAGAUUCUGGAAGUAGGAAAAGUGUAUCUACAAAGUUAGCUCUUCAAUAUGCCGAUGCCCUUGAUUAUAUUCAUGUUCCAUGCUCCAUUACCAUCGAUCGAAAAAUGGAAUCUAAUGAAUACCCUGAUUACAUGGAAAUCCCAGCAACACCUGUUUAUGAAUCCAACAACAUCCAAGGCCAGAUCUAUCGUAUGAUUCCAACAUCAACUUAUCACAAAUACACUGAACAGAUGAUCAACAGGAACAUGGAGAACAUCACCUACGAUGCACGACUGAAGGUAGAAGGCAUGGCCCCUUAUAUCAUCGAGGCACGAGAGCUCAAGAAGAAAUAUAUUUACAACCUGAAGACAUUGAUGAGGCAAUAUGGUGUCAAGACAGAAGCAGAGAUGGUUUCAAGCACAGUGAUCUAUCACCGAUCUCAUCAACGAUUUGACGAUGAUGGUGACGAACUUUACCAUACAAGAAUGAAGGGGGCGAUGCAUGCUCUUCGACAACAUUAUCAACGACUCUUUUUCGCUGAAUUCAAGACCCGUACAGACAGUUUGACUGACCAAUCUCAUCAAUCUCAUUUAUCUCAAUCAUCCGCAAUGGAAGCAAAAGCUGCAGCUUGGUACUAUGUCACUUAUCAUCCUACGGAACGUUCCCAUCAAGAUGGUUCUCUUUGGUUCAGUUUCCCAUGGCUUGCCAUCGAUCUCCUUUGUACAUUAGCCAAGCGCCAGCAUGUUUCCACCGAUGAUACCGCUUUGGAUCCUGCUACUAUUGAAAAAUAUCGAAAACAAUCGCAAGGUGUGACUUGGUUCAAGAUCGAUGAAGAUGAUGAAUCUGAUGAUGGCGACGAUACCGACGAUGAUGAUGAUGUUACUGAUGACGAUGAUACUAGCGAUGAUGGUGAAGAUGAUGGCGACGAUGACGACGACGGUGAUGAUGAUGAUACUGACGAUGAUGAUGUCCCUCUUGCAUUUGAUCCCAUAGUAUGGAGACAACGUCAACUGGAACAACAGCGUGAACCUGAUGAACCACCAGUUCCCGUCAUCAACAUAAAACUCAGUGAUUUGGCUGGAUAA